AUAAUUGGUUCUUCAACGUGUUCCUUCUUUGUGUUUUUUUUCACGUACGACACACCUCUCUCUUCUUCUUCUUCUCAUCGCAAUGGCAGCUACUCCACUUGUCUCUGCUACCCCAAGAAGGCUUGAAGGGAAGGUUGCAAUUAUUACUGGUGGAGCUAGCGGAAUUGGGGAGAGCACAGUCAGACUGUUCAUCCACCAUGGUGCCAAAGUCCUGAUAGCAGACAUUCAAGAUGAGCUCGGCAACUCCCUUUGCCAAGAACUUGAUUCCCCAGAAUCAAUCACAUACGUCCAUUGCGACGUCACAUCCGACACUGAUGUCAAGAACACCGUCGAUCUUGCCAUCACCAAGUAUGGAAAGCUGGACAUAAUGUUCUGUAAUGCCGGGAUCUCUGGCAUAUUAGAAUCAAGAAUCGUAGCCACAGAUAAUGAAGAUUUCAAGAGGGUUUUUGAUGUCAACUUAUUUGGUGUUUUUCUGGGCGCAAAACAUGCUGCAAGAGUAAUGAUUCCGGCCACUAAAGGAUCCAUUAUCCUCACAUCGAGCGUUGCUUCGGUCUCCGCCCUUGGUAGUGGAUACGCGUACGAGGCAUCAAAACAUGCUGUGGUGGGGUUGGCUAAGAACUUAUGUGUGGAGCUGGGGAAGGUUGGGAUCCGGGUUAACUGUAUAUCUCCAUAUGCAGUAGCGACUCCGAUCAUGAGGGCAUUUGUGGGGAUGACGGAGAAGGAGAAGUUUGAGAAGGUGGUUUCUUCUGCGGCUAAUUUGAAAGGUGUGACUUUGGAAGCAGGAUCCAAGUAUGUGAGUGGAAUCAACCUGGUGAUUGAUGGAGGUUAUAGUACCACCAACCCUUCCUUCCAGAGGGAAGUAAACAAUUUGUUUUCUUGAACUUUUUUGACUCUCUUAUGUACAAUAAGCCUCAUUAAGAGGUAGUCCGUUGUUGGUUCUGUGGACUUCUGUGGGUUGUCAUUUCUCAAAAACAAAAAACUUAAAUUUCCUACAUCAA